GUGCCUGAAGAGCGGAGUUUCAAUCUUAGAGUUCGUAUAAGAUCAGAUGCCUUUGGAACGAAGAGCUCAACUUUAUUCGUUGAAGAUAUCGAAUCUAGGGUAAUGUGUUUGGUGGGUAGGAUCCAUUUUAAAAGGCACAUCAAAAAGAGUUUCUCUCUCUAUUGCUGGGAUCAAUGAGUAGAGAAAGGAGCGUGGGGAAGGAGGAGAAGAGGUCAGAUGUUGUCGAGACGGUCGUUGUUGCUGUUAAAGCAUCUAAGGAAAUUCCAAAGAGCCCUUUGGUUUGGGCUUUGAGUCAUGUGGUUCAACCAGGGCACUGCGUUACAUUGGUUAUUGUUAUCCCUUCACAAAGUUCUGGUAGAAAAUUAUGGGGUCUUCCAAGAUUUACUGGAGAUUGCGCUAGUCGCCAUUGGAGGUCCUAUUUAGGGAAAAAUGAAAUCACGGAUUCCUGCUCCCAGAUGAUCCUUCAGCUGCAUAACUUGUAUGAUCCUAAUAAGAUAAACGUGAAGAUAAAAACGGUUUCUGGAUCGCCAUGCGGAGCAGUGGCUGCAGAGGCAAAGCAAAUUCAAGCUACUUGGGUUGUUUUGGACAAAAAGUUGAAACACGAACAAAAACGAUGUAUGGAAGAGUUGCAAUGCAACAUCGUGACAAUUAAGAAGUCGCAGCCAAAAGUCAUUCGCCUGAAUUUAGUUGGAUCGCCGAAGGGACCUGAAGCCGAUGGUCAGUUGCCUUCAUCGGCAAAUAAAAAAUCAUCUAGAAAACUACAGAAAGACAAGAUUUUAUCCAUGUUUUCCGUUCAAGGACUAGUAACUCCAACUAGUAGUCCCGAGGUAUCAACUGCAACCGAAGCCGGGACUUCAUCAGUUUCAAGUUCCGAUCCAGGGACUUCACCAUUUUUUAUCCCUGUAACCAAUGGUUCCCUGAAGGAGGAAGCCUUAGCCCGAAAGGAGAAUCGGGAUCUCAUUAAAUCGCGUUCAGACUUUGAAAGCGAGCAUCUAUCAGCAUCUUUUUCUAGCUUAAGGUUUCAGCCGUGGAGGGUCGAUAUUCUCACUUCAAGCCGUCAACCGUCUCAACACUGGGAGGAAGGUUUUCAAGGAUAUAGUUCACAAGUUCAAACUUCCAAAAGCGAAGGUUUUUUCAGGCAAUUCUCUGAACUUGACCGAGAUACUGAUGUAGAAUUUAGAGGUAACGUCAGAGAUGCGAUAUCGUUGUCAAGAAAUGCACCUUCUGGUCCGCCUCCUUUAUGCUCGAUAUGUCAGCAUAAGGCACCUAUAUUCGGAAAGCCUCCAAGAUGGUUCACAUAUGCGGAACUGGAGCUUGCUACCAGAGGAUUUUCUCAAGAUAACUUCUUGGCCGAAGGCGGAUUCGGGUCUGUACAUAGAGGUUUACUUCCAGAUGGGCAAGCAGUUGCUGUGAAGCAACACAAACUGGCAAGUUCUCAAGGCGAUCAAGAAUUCUGCUCGGAAGUCGAAGUGCUGAGCUGUGCUCAGCACCGAAACGUUGUUAUGCUGAUUGGAUUCUGUAUGGAGGACCGAAGGAGGUUACUAGUCUAUGAAUAUGUAUGCAAUGGCUCGCUGGAUUCUCAUCUUUAUGGACGUGAUCGAGAUCCAUUAGAGUGGGCAGCACGCCAAAAAAUUGCUCUAGGAGCUGCUCGAGGGUUGAGAUAUCUUCAUGAAGAAUGCAGAGUAGGCUGCAUUGUACAUCGUGACAUGCGGCCAAACAACAUCCUCAUCACCCAUGAUUUUGAACCUCUGGUUGGAGACUUUGGCCUAGCAAGGUGGCAGCCUGAUGGAGGCACAGAAGAAGAAACCAAAGUAAUUGGAACAUUUGGAUAUUUAGCUCCAGAGUAUGCACAGAGUGGCCAGAUCACCGAAAAAGCUGAUGUAUACUCGUUUGGGGUCGUAUUGGUGGAGCUCGUCACGGGACGAAAAGCAGUGGAUCUUAAGCGUCCUAAGGGUCAACAAUGCCUUGCAGAAUGGGCACGACCGUUGUUGGAAGAAGAUUCGAUUAGUGAGUUAAUAGACCCUCGGCUAAGGAAUUGUUAUUCAAAAGACGAGGUUUAUUGCAUGAUGCAAGCGGCUUCUCUAUGCAUUAAAAGGGAUCCCCAUUUACGACCUCGCAUGUCACAGGUGUUGCGGAUGCUAGAAGGGGACAUAAUGAAGGGAUCAAGUGGAAGUGGUAGGAUUGUGAUGGAUGAAGAAAGAUACAUGAUUGGUGGUGGUAGACAUGGAAUGAAGGAAACAUCGACCAGGCUUUCUUACUGGGAAACUGACACAAUAAUGAGGGGUUGAAGACAUUACAGCUUGUUUUCUUCAUCAUCUUAUAAUUGAUUUCUAUUUCUAUUUCUAUUUCUGUGUAUUUAUAGUCAAAUCAGAUGUUUGUU